AUGAGCGAGAUCGAGAACUCUGCUAUUACCAGCAGCAGCGCUGACCGCAUGGUGGGCAUGGACCAUGCUGAAGUGCGCUACUUCACUAGCUACGACCACCAUGGCAUCCACGAGGAGAUGCUUAAAGACGAUGUCCGGACCAGGUCGUACCGUGAUUCUAUCUACCAGAACCGCCAUAUCUUCAAGGACAAGGUUGUUCUCGACGUCGGCUGCGGAACAGGUAUUCUCAGCAUGUUCGCUGCGAAGGCCGGCGCCAAGCACGUAAUCGGUGUUGAUAUGUCGUCAAUUAUCGAGAAGGCCCGAGAGAUCGUCGCUGUCAACGGCCUGUCUGAUAAGAUUACGCUGCUCCAGGGAAAGAUGGAGGAGGUCCAGCUUCCAUUCCCCGCCGUCGACAUCAUCAUCUCGGAGUGGAUGGGCUACUUCCUCCUCUACGAGAGCAUGUUGGACACUGUUCUGUAUGCUCGUGACCGCUACCUUGUUCCGGGCGGCAAGAUCUUCCCUGACAAGGCUACUAUGUACCUGGCUGGAAUCGAGGAUGGGGAUUACAAGGAUGACAAGAUUGGAUUCUGGGACAAUGUGUACGGCUUUGACUACAGCCCCAUGAAGGAGACCGCUCUCACGGAACCUCUCGUCGACACCGUUGAGCUCAAGGCUCUCGCCACUGAUCCUUGUCCGAUCAUCACAUUCGAUCUAUACACAGUCACCAAGGAGGACUUGGCUUUCGAAGUUCCGUACUCACUUCCCGUGAAGCGUAGCGACUUCGUCCAUGCCGUGAUCGCGUGGUUCGACAUCGAGUUUGGCGCCUGCCACAAGCCCAUCACGUUUUCCACUGGUCCUCACGCCAAGUACACUCAUUGGAAGCAGACUGUCUUCUACCUGCGUGAUGUUUUGACUGUGGAGGAGGAGGAGUCUAUCUCCGGUGUCCUUUCGAACCGGCCAAAUGAUAAGAACAAGCGCGACCUCGACAUCAACCUUACGUACAAGCUGGAGACGCAAGAUCAGACACGUUAUGCAGAGGGCGGCUGUUUCUAUAGAAUGUGUUAA